CCUGCUGUGGGCUUUUUUGUGAGCUUGCUGUGGACUUCUGGAAUAGUGGAGGAAGACCCAAGAGAAUCGAAAGCAAUAUGCUGUAAGGGGAAAUGCAUGAAAAAGGACAAGAGGGAAGAAUUCCUUAGAGAUUGGUUGGAAGACGUUGGAGCUGUGUGCAAACAGAAAUCGGAGAGUGAAGAAAAUGAAGAGGAGUUGGAAGCUGAUUUAUAG